AUGACUACUAAACUAUUAGCUAAUCAACUAAAAGGUUUAAUGACCGAUCCUGUUGAAGGUUUCACCGUUGAAUUGGUCAAUGAAUCAUCCUUGUUUGAGUGGAAGUUAUAUAAAACUCUAAUUAUUUCAAACAAAAAAAUGAACAAAUCCUCAUCACAACAAUUAUCAUCAUCCACUUCAUCACCAAUCAUUUAUUAUUAUUCACCAUCCAUUGGAUGCUCUACCAUUCCACCAUCGCCACCAUCAACACCGAUUUUCACAAUCAACAUCAAUGGUUAUUCUUCCAAUAGAGAUUUAAUCCUACCAGGAAGUUAUACUCCAUCACCAACUCCAACAACCACUCCAAGAGACCAUUUUGAUAUGUCUAUUUCACUUUAA